CUCCGCCAUUAAUUCAUUCGCGCAGGAACAUUGUUAUUGAAGGUGUGACGCGGCAAGCCAGCAAGUGGCAAGUUGUAAAACUAAUCGCUCAACUCCGUGGUCUGAAAAGUUUGUGUUUUCCUUCUGAUCAUCAGUUUUGGGUGGAUGACGCAGGGCGCUGCAGAAUGUAGUCAUGUCACCUGAGAUUAGGCUAAGGUCAGGCAAUCAUUAAGGAGAUUACAAUACGUAUUAGGACGGCCCAGCGGAUUUGUUCAUUUUCAAAAUGGCCUCCUCAUGCCGAAAGUUUCUGCCCAACAUCUUCAACAAGAGCAAAUGUCAGAGCUGUUUUCGACCCAAGGAACAUCACUCAGCCGAAGCUCUGGAAAGCAGCAAGGCAUCCAGAAAGAUCUCCAAAUGUGGCUACCUGUUCAUAGCACCAGACCUGGACUUCGCCAACCCUGUACACAGGUCUAAGAGAUGGCAGCGAAGAUUCUUUGUGCUAUACGACGAUGGAGAGCUUACCUAUUCUGUGGAUGAAAAUGUGAAUACUGUCCCACAAGGGGAAAUUGAUAUGAACAAAUGCACAGAUGUGUUUGGGGCAGAAGAAGUCAGUACUCACCAGUUCUCCAUUGCAAUUGUUGUUCCCCAGAAAACUUAUUAUGUGAAGGGAACAAAUAGGGAGGAGAUCAAUAGGUGGCAUGAUGUGUUGGUGAUGUACCCGCGGAGUAUUAAGACCAAGCACAGGCGUGCCCCGACUUUCCCCAUACCACAGCCAGUGGCAAACUUAUCAGCAAAACAGCCCCUGAACAAGAGUCGCAGUGUUCCUGGUGACACGUCCACAAACGGCUCAGCUGAGAACAGUUCAUCUGCCAGCGAUCAAGAGGCAGACAAACCUCCUCCAUUACCUCCCCGCCAACGCUACAACUCCUCGUAUCACCCCAAGGUGCAGGACUGGGAGGAAGAAGAGAAAGAGAACAAACCAGAGGACAUAUUUGAUAUCAGCCCUGGGAAGGCUAUUGAUUAUGAACAAAGUAAAAGGAGAGAAAAGGAAAGAGAAAAGGAAAAAGAAGACUAUUUACCUCCUGAGAUAGAUCUAGUCAGAACAAAGAGUGAACAUAGCCUGGCAUCAUCUGGGAGUUCUAGGAGCACUCCUGAACCCACAGGACCUCUUUAUUUUAGGAGUAUACGCAGCUUGAAAAAUAAAGACAAGGGAGUGAAUCGUGAACUAAGAAAAAGUCGAAGUCUUCAUGACUUAACUUCUGACGAUCCUGCAGAGGAAGUGCCUUCAAGUAAUCUGUUGAAAUACCGCAGCAGGUCACGGGACGAUAUCAGUAAUCUUGGUCGCUCGGGGGACUCACUGAACAGGUGGGCAUCAAUGGAGGGGCUGGAAGGAGAUGGGGACCACUCUGAUGGAGCAGGUGCUAAACCCAAAACCUUUUUUGAAUCCUUGAUGAAUCCAGAGCCACCGAAACAAAAACCUCCCCAAAAAGGACGUUCCCAUAGUGCCUACCUCAAACUCGCCAGUAUCCCCAGAGCCAAGCACAUUGACCAGUAUGUCCCCAAUGAACAAAAACAGUCUGCAGCCAGGAAGAAAAGUGCACCGGAUUUAACUUUUGGUAUGACGUCCCUUGUAGGACGCAACAAGAGACCAAAUGGUAGUUUUAGCACAACAUCUAGUCUGCCACAAAAUGGUAAAGAUUCUUCAGCUGUGUCUAGUCCAAAACCCCACACAUCACAGUCCAAUACUCCCAGUGAACGCACUGCAGCUUAUAUUUCCAGUUCGACCCCUCGGCCAUAUGUAAGUUUAGCAGAUAGAGAAAGGGAAUACAGGGCCCGUAAGGAUUCUUGUUCUUCUACAGAUUCCCUGCGACGUUAUGAUGCUCGUUUAAGUAAUGGCUCUGGAAGUGACAGGGGAACCCCAACAGGAAUACUGAAGGGGUCAUCCCCUCCACUAUCAGCGUCUCCCCCCACCUCUGCCUCUAUGAGUCGAGGAGAUCUGCACAAUAGAGGGCCACUAAGGAAUGAAACAGAUGAGUUAAAGAUGGCUCGCACCAGCAGUGAGCGCAAGCAAUACCUGUCUAACCAGCUUACUGCAGUUGCUGCCCCACCAUCAUCGAAAUCUAAAUCUGAAGAACAGACACCCAGUUUAGAUGAUUUGAUGUUCACCAAGAAAGGCUGGUUGCUGAUGCUGGCCUCUAAUGGAAAGGAGUGGGUGAAGCACUGGUUUGUUCUCAGUGGCAAUGCCCUCAAGUACUUCAGGGAUGCCAAGGCAGAGGAUGCUAACUUCAUGAGUGGGGUGAUUGACCUGUCUACCUGCUAUGAACUGGCUGAGGUGCCAGAGGCCAAGAAUUAUGGCUUUCGUCUCAAGACCACAGGUGGAGAUUUCACACUGUCUGCCAUGACUGCUGGGAUCCGCACAAACUGGAUGCAGGCAGUUCAGAAGUGUGCAGACACCAACACAGAUGGCAAGUCCACACUGGACAGUGCACCCUCCAUCACCUCAAUGAGCCUGGAAUCCUGGGCCAGUCGACUGAAAAGUUUGACAGCGAAAAGCGAAGGCUCGAACCAUGUGGGCCAGGUUCGCAGAAGGUCUGAUAAUGAGGAGAGCAAGUCUAACAGUAGACACUAUAGCGAUGAUGACUCUGACUUCCCUGGGAUGAGGCUGUACCGCAGGCAGUCCAGAGACUCGCCUCCACGGAGAAAGACCAUUGGCUCAGAGAGAGAAAGGGAAGCCAUCGCUGAUGCUGCCAAGACAGCCUCCCAGGCCAAGCACCCUGUUUAUAAAAGGCGAACGAGCAGUGAUGAAGAUGAUGGAGAAACAUCAGACACCAAGGAGGAAGUUGUAGAAGAAAGAACAGAAUUUUUACAAGAAAUUACAGAUCUGGAAAAGAAUAUAAGUGGUUUAGCCCAAAGGGCUCAGGAGGAAAACAGACGCGCUCGCUCAGAGUCCAGUGAAAGGGAGUUGAGCAAGACAGAAGAAGAAAAAAGUGACUCUGAGAGUUCGGGCAGCUUAAGUGACACAAAGACUUUUCACUUUCGAAACUCAAGCGAUGAUCUUGAGAAAGAACUGGAUCGCCGAGAUGGCCUGCAGAGAAGAUCCAAGUCUCCAGCUAAUAAAGCUCCCAGUGCCAAAGUUUUGGAGAAGUCAAGAUCUAAAUCUCCGAAGCCCAGGUUAAGAUCCAGAUCGCCAGGUUCUAAGGCAAAGUUACGUCAGGCUGUAAAGGAAGAGGAAGUGGAAACACUUGAGGCUGGUGCAGACUCAGCAGAGGCUGCCUCGAAUAUAAGACAGGAUUCAGCAGAAAAGACUGAAGAGCCCACUAUAAGUGCCAACUACCCUGGGUCUCUACUAUCACAAAAAACAAAAGACGGAGAAACCAUCUUAGUCGAACUUCUAGAAGCAGAGGUGGCAGCAGAUACAGACUCUGAUAAUGACGCAGAUGAUGAGUCUGACACGGAGUCCAUGGCGGAGGAGAUAGAGGAGAGGGUUCGUUUGUUAGUUGCUAGCGUUCAUUCUGUGUCCCAUUCUUGGUCAACCCAGGUUGAAUCUCUCAAGGCUCAGCUUGAACACACGCAGCACCAGCUCAUCAAGAUGCAUGACAACAACAGCGACUUAAAGGCGCACCUCCAUUCCAUUAAAAGGGACCAUAAGGACUCCUUGGAUGACCUGGAGAAUGAACAGAAUCGCUAUCUGUCCCAGAUUGCAGAUAUUCAAGAUGAGAUGGAACACAAGACAGGCUAUCUCCAUGCCAAACUGUCGGAGCAGAAUAACAAGUCGGAGAUGACCAAACUACAGGUCACAACUUUGAAGUCACAGCUUAAAGAAGCAAGAGAUACAGUGGAGGAACAGCAGGCACAGAUUCUGGAACUGAAGGAAAAGCUUGAAGUCACCACCCUGGAACUGAGCAACACAGAGGCAGCUCUCUCCAAGUCCAUCAACGAGUGGAAAGAGGAGAAGACCCAAAUGGAGAAGCUGGCCCAGGAGUGGCAGGCCACUGAGAAACUACUAGCAGAGGAAUGCAAAAAGGCUGUGAAAAGGUUGAAGGAACGAGAGGAUGAUGUUCGAAACAAGGAUGCUGCUCUGAAAACGGCACGCUCUGAGAUCAAGAAGCAAGGCAAACAUAUAGAACAGUUAGAGCACCAAGUGAAAGAUGUGCGUGCAUUGCAGAGGGAACUUAAAGAGAAAACAGCCCAGUUGGCACAGGCAGAGAAAACUUUGGCAGAGAAAAGCCUGCAGCUGAAUCAGAAUACUGAAGAAUUUGAGAGGAAGACAAAAAGGCUGGAAGAGAUGGAGCAGAAGCUCAGUGAAGAACGGCGACUUUUAGAAAGCAGGCUGCAUGAGGCAGAACAGCGCUUGCAGAAUGCAUUGAAACAGUCCAACAUCACUGACUCCAUGAAUAGUAACAUGAUGGAGAUUCUGCAUGAGAAAGAUGAAACUAUUGCUCAACUGGAAGAAAGAUUGAUUGAAAAUGACAGCAAAAUUGAUGAUUUGUUGGAGGAAAUUGCUAUGGAAGUCCAGGCAAACAACCAGUUUCAGGAGAAUCUUGAUCAGUCAGUCAGUGAAAACAUGCGUCUCAAGGAAAGGCUGUCUGCUAUGCAGGAAGAAAUUCAGGUGUUGCACAAAGAUCUUGACACUGCAAAGAGUGAAAACGCUCAGUAUCAAAAUGAACUAGAAAAAAUGGAAAACAUCUUUCAGAUGAAUGACAAAGCAUACUCUAGCUUGUUAAAGGAAAGUAAUGAUCUGAAAGGAGAGAUGGCGCUGCUGCAGAGGAAAGUCAGUGAGCAAGAAGAGAUCAUACAGCAGCUGAGCAAGAAACAAGGUGGAAAUGCCUUGGCUGAAUUGAAACUUAAGUAUGACAGUGUGUGUGCAGAUGUCAGCAAAUUGAGUAGUCAGCUGCAAGAUGCAGAGGCUAAACUUAAAACAGCUGGACUUCAGUCAACAUCAGAACUACCGGAGGCAGUACCACCCAGGUCAGAGUCCAUUCAUAAAGAAUAUUCAGACUUGAAGAGGAAGUUUGAAAGGACAAGCCAAGAGGUUGAAAAGUUACAACAGUCGAUUGACCAAUCUGAAAAAGAGUCUGUUCAUCUGAAGGCUGUUAACGAAAAACUGAAAUCCCAGUUGGACUGCCUUGAAUCCGAAAUUCAUAGCAAGAUUGAAGUUGUAUCUGGCAAAGUAGAGGAACUUUGUAACUUGUCUGCUGGAAAGCAAACACAGGAAACUGACCAAGCCACAAAUAAGCCAGACAGACCAAAAAGACCCAAAGUAGAUUAUGAAAAUGUUACCCAGGAGCUAGAGUCCCAGAUACAAAAGAUAGAAAACAGAUUAAAGUAUGCUGAAAGUUUCCUGAAAUCUCAAAGGCCUAGUCAACAGGCAGUUGCGGAAGAUGUUAUGUCUGAAGGUGAACAGUCGGAUUCUACCAAACAAGCUAGAAAACGAAAAUCAGGAAGUGAUUCAAAGCAGUCUUCAGAAAAUGAACUAUCUGAUUCAGAUUCAUCAAACAUAGAAAAUGAUAACCCAGCACUUAUGGCUAAGAUUAGAACGUUGAAAAAGAAAACAACCAGUUUGGAAUCAAGGUUGCAGGAAACAGUCCAGUCUCUGCAGAACUUAAAUACCGACCACAAAAAAGUGAAGGACAUCCAAAGCAAACUGAACAGCAGUCAGCUGACUUUAGAUAACUGCCAAGCAAAACUGGGCAGCCUUAUGGCAGAUGUGGAGUCCCAAAAGGUGGAUUUGUCAAGAGGAUGGGUAAGGGGAAGAUUACAAGAAGUUUUGCAAGAAUUGGAGGAAAGCGACUGCAAGCAGUUGGUCAGUUCAUCAGCUGUGGAGCAUCGUCUGAAAACUUUUGCAGAGAAACUUGCCUUGGAGGCCAUCUUGUUAGGGGAGGCAGACUAUAUUGUACGUGGGAAGAGGGGUGAUACUGAAGGUAAAUCCUCAUACUGGAAAGACUUGCAGGACACCUGGCAGAUGGCGAAGCAGGAGCGGCCGUACAAACCUCAUCAACAGUCAUUUGCAUCAUUUGCAGCUGUGAUGGCAGAAAGAUUAAUGGAAAAUGGGGAAGCAUUAACUUUAAUAGACAAAAUGGCCUCUGGUUUUGGAGAAAGUGCUGAGAUUUUACCAGAAUCUCAAGUUUUCACAACCGAAAUUGAUGCAAGGUUGUACAAGGAUUCCUCUUCUAAUUCUUUAUUGCAAAGUGAAGUGUCUGACAUUUUGAAUAAACUUCAACAACAGUCCUCAUUUGAUGAUAAGUGUAAACUUUUAGAGAUGGAAUUAAAGUCUGUUGAACAGAGAUUAUGUGAAAAAGAAAAUGGUUUGUUAACAGCAAUAGAUGCAUUUAGGAAUCAAAAGUUGAAUGACUUGGAACAUAUGCUAAAAGAUCAAGCACCAGUAAGUACAGGCAGUGAGGCAGGUUUUGACAGGAGUUCUGUCACGCAGGAAGUGGUUCAAGCAGAGCUUGCAGUGCUACUCUACCAGUCUGUGCAGAACAUAUUAACUGAAAAAGAUAUGUCAUGUUUUGAAGUUUUAAUCAAAAAUGAGAUUGAUCAUUUGGUUUUAUUAUUGAAAACUGACUAUCAAUAUCAGCAAACUGUUCUACAUCCUGGUAAAGAAGCAGGAGAUUUGAUGGUGUUGAGAGCUCUGGUCAAUGGUUUGCUCGUCUAUUGUGCCACUCAACUGCACAAUUACAUAAGCAAGAAAAAGCACACGAAAUUGAGUGCUAGAGAUUCUGGGGUUUCCUUUGAUGAAACGAAGUAUCCUUUCUUUGGAUCUCUCAAAGGAAGUGAGGUUGUGUUUUCUUUUGAUACUAGUCAGAAAUCCAGUCUGCGGACCGCUGUGAAAGCAAAUGUGACCCAACAGUUGGAUGCUUUCAAGGGACAGCUUUUUGGAAAUCCUUCAGAUGUUGAUUCCCAAAUAGAAAGUCUUGCAGAACGUGUCUGUGACCUUGACCUAGAUUUGUUUAAGGAUGUGUGCUCAUUGAAUGAAUGUGCCAAUACGAUAGCCAGAGAAGCUCUGUUAGAAGCUCAGCUCAAGUAUUUGGUGAACAAAGUUAAAUACAUCAACCAAGGUGAUGUCCAGCAGUUGAAACAAACAGCUGAAAAAGAUAAAAUGGAGGCUUUGGAUUUUAUGAAAAGGGAAUAUGAGGAAAGACUUGAAAAAGAACGUGUAGAGUACACCCAAAGUACUAAUCAUUUGAGAGAUGAAAUUGACCAAUUGAAGUGUACCACGUCUCAGCUUAAAGUCACAAUAGAUAGUCAAGAGUCCGAGCUGGCAAUGGUAGAAGAGUACAAGAAGAGGAUGAGCAACAUGGAACAAAAGCACAAAGAAAACUUGCAAUUCAUGAAAGACAAGCAUGAAGAGUAUAUUGAAUCGAUGAAGAAAGAGGUCCAGGAUGCCAAAAAUGAAAUCAAUAGACUUCUCAAACAGCAGGAAAGCAAAAAGAAAGAAUAUGAGGAAAAAAUUGGUGCAUUGAAAAUGCAGAAGGAGUCGAGCACAGGGGAUCAGCAGAAGCUUCAGGAGGAAAUGGACAAACUCAAAGAACAACAUCAGAUUGAAAUAGAAGAGAUGAAAACAGACAUGCGGAUGGCCCUGAAGUCUGUGCGGGAUCAAGAGAAUAGGGUGGGGACAGAUCUCCAGGACGAGAUUGUCAGAUUACGACAGCAGGUGGAAGAAGAAAAAAAACAACACCAGCUUGAACUGGAGAGCCUGCAAUCCAGCUUGCAAAGCAAAGUCCGCCCUGGUCCACCUGACCACACAAAUAGCCAGGCGCUGCAGGAACGCAUCCAGCAGUUAGAGCAGAGGGUGAUGGACAUGCAGGAUGAAUAUGAACACGAGCUGAAGAGACAGAAGCAGAUUCACCAGAGAGAGUUAGGCAGAUGCAAAGAAGAUCUGGUCAAACUGUUGACCAGUGUCCAGUCCCAGGGUGUGGACGAGGCCAGUGUCCGUAGAAAGUAUGAAAAGGAAAUUGAUAAACUGAAGGAUGUUUGUGAGCAAGGUUUAGCUGCCAUGGAAAGGUCCCACCAAAAAGUGAUGAAAGAAAUCCGAGACACACACAAAAAAGAAGUGGAAAUCCUGAAGAAAGAAAAAGAUCAUGCUCUUGAUGAAGAAACAAAAGCCACACAGUCUGCCCUUGAUGCCAUGCGUAAAGCACAUGAAGCUCAGCUGGCUGAGGAAAAAGCCAAAAUGCAGGAAAAGUUGGCCAAGGUGUUCUCUGAUGGUGACUUGGAAGAUAUCAGACAAGAGUAUGAAGAUGACUUGAACAUGGUACGGGAGGAAGUGAAGAUACUGUCUGAGCAAUACUCCAUUAAGUGUCUGGAGAAGUCUGCACUGGAGGAACGUCUGGAGGCACAUGUUAAGAUGCUGAAGGACAGCAGGAAACACCUGCAUGAACUCAUGACUACGAAUGAAGCCCUUAGCAUUCGUCUUGAUGAGGACAUUGGCAGCCUGAAGAACCAACUGGAACACAUCAGUCAACCUGAAGAAGGAGAUUCAAAGGAAACCGGGGAGUUGAAGGUUGCCAUAGGGGUAAGAGAUUUAGAAAUUCAACAGCUGAAAGAGGAACUGGAAGAUCUAAGAGACCAGCUACAGGAGGCUGAAGAUGCACAAGAUGAAACUGCUGACAAAUAUAAUGAAUUGUACACCAACUUUCAAGCAGAGAAGGCAAAUCACGAACUGGAAUUGGCCAAUCUGAAAGAAAGCUUUGAAAAGCUAAGUCGAGAUAAAAAGAGAGAAGAGAGUUCAAGAUCAAGAGGAAGGGAAAGGAACAGAAGAGAGCCCAAGAGCCCCCGUAGCCUCAGUGCGAGUCCAGAGCCCCACGAGAGUUCACCGCAGCCCACUAAGAGCACCCCUGGCAGGAAGAGGUCCUCCAAGGCUUAUGAGUUAAGAAGAUCUCAAAGUACCCCCGGGAUGCCAGUUAGUCAGUUGCUUGGUGGAAAGAGAGGGUCGUCAGACUUUGAGGGCAGGGUCAUCUCAGAUUUUCCACGAAGUGGAUCUGGACUGAGUGUUGCCGAGAGAAUGAAGAAGUUUCAGAAGUAGCAACUGACACUUCUCCCCCCUCCCUCUUAGAAAACUGUUUUAAUUGUCACCAUUGUAAGAUCAUGUGUCAAAUAAAUUGACUUUCAAGUAACAGAGUUCAAUACUUGAUUAUGUAAUUUGAUAAAAAUUACAAAGAUGUGCAAAUUGAGAGAUUAAAAUCAAAAACUUUUUUCAGUCCAUUCCAGUAAUUAUAUUUCAUAAUUUGUUAUUUAUCAUUAUGGAACAUUCAGUCAUAUCCAUUAUAUCUGUUAUGAUUUAUUUUUUGACCUAAUGAUUGAUUUUUGUUAUUUUGAGUUCUGUAGAGCAAGUUGUGUUGUAUUGUAAAGAACUGAAAAGGGAAGUUAUUCAAAAUGUAAACUACAGCAUAUCUUGCAGAAAGACAGGAAAAAACUUCUUAUAAAAUACUGAAUAUAUUUAGUUAUGUUUAUAAACCAGAAGUAUUUAUUUUAUUUAAAAGUAACCAGCUUUAUUUUGCAAUCAUUAUUAAAAUACAACUUCUGUAUUAGAAGUAUUGCAAUAUGGUCACAUAAGGAAUGCAAUAGCACAGAUAGGGUAACCUUUUCAGCAAGCAUAUGCACUGAACCUGCAAUAUAGCAUAUCAAGAAUUCCUUCAUCUCAAUCACUCAUUAAAAUAAGAAUUAUUAUGGUUGUACAUAUAUAAUAUGUUAUUGUUGUUAUUAUUACGAUUCAUAUUUCGGAUAAAGAGGUCAAGAGACUACCAGCAAUAUAAAAAGAUGGUGUCAUGUACAGGAUUUUUUCCCUUGAUCUAUGCAUUUUAAAUACUGCUUCCAAUACCAGAUAUUUUCAAGUAUUAUUAUUAUUAUUAUUCAUGUAUAUUUUAUUAUAUUCACUCACAUGUAUGACAAUAAAUAUUACUAUAAUUAUACUUAUAUUGAUUUGGAUAAUUUCCAAUUUUAAUAUCAGGUAUCUCCCAUGGUACAUCAUAAAAUCAAUUAAUCUGUCAGGCUUUCACCUGAAACUCCAGCAUGCUUAGACAUGUUCUAUUUCAUUAAAAUCCUAUUUGAAAUGUAAGACUGCACUGAGAUGGACUAGUUUGGACACAAUACUUCAGAAAAAUUAGUGACCAAGUACACCAAACAUAUACACAAAUAACCUCAAAUGGUUAAAGAUAUUUACCUUGUUUAAUUGCAUAUUUCUUCUUAAUCUUAGAAUUAAAACUGCCCUCAAAUCUUACAAAAUAGUCUGAGAUAAAAGUUGUAUUUGAAUGUUGCAUUUAUUCCCCCACCCACCCACUUUUCCAUGGACCUCCCAUAUAGAGUGCCUUUGGUGCUAACAUUUUCAGGAUUUUUUUAAAGGCCCACUUUCAUCUUUAUAGUCGAAAGUUAUAAAAACAAAACUUGAUUAAAUGAUAGACUUAGGGAUUAUCAUUAUGUAACUAAUUAAUUUUUUUAAUGUUGAGUCUAGCUUUACUCAGUAUUCCUCUUUAGCGACACAAUAUAAUCUGUAUAAUGUUACAAAAUU